UACGGGCUUCCAGCAGCAGGAGCGUGCCUGCAGGUCAAGCCGGGAGCUGCAAGGAAUGGCCGCCUGCGGCCACUUAAAGACUUAACUGCCCAGCGAAUUGUGACCCAGGGACCAGGAAUCUCCACUCCCUUUGCUCUGCCGCUGGGUGCAUUGAGCUUCUCUGCCGCUUGAUGCUGCCUGCCUCCAGAAGCCUCUCACCAUGAUCGAUAGCUCCAAGAAGCAGCAGCAGGGCUUCCCUGAGAUUUUAACGGCCGAGGAUUUCGAACCAUUAAAAGAGAAGGAAUGCCUUGAAGGGAGCAACCAGAAAAGUCUAAAGGAAGUGCUCCAGCUGAGGCUGCAACAAAGGAGGACAAGAGAACAACUCGUGGACCAGGGCAUCAUGCCACCUCUGAAGAGUCCGGCGGCAUUCCAUGAACAGAUAAAAAGCUUGGAACGAGCCAGAACUGAAAACUUCUUGAAGCACAAGAUUCGGAGCCGACCAGAUCGUUCUGAACUUGUGAGAAUGCAUAUUUUAGAAGAAACAUUUGCAGAGCCAUCUCUCCAGGCUGCUCAGAUGAAGCUGAAGCGGGCUCGGCUGGCCGAUGAUCUGAACGAAAAGAUUGCCCAAAGGCCUGGCCCAAUGGAGCUGGUAGAGAAGAAUAUCCUUCCUGUAGACUCCAGUGUUAAGGAAGCAAUUAUAGGUGUUGGAAAAGAAGACUAUCCCCAAACUCAGGGUGAUUUCUCAUUUGACGAAGACAGCAGCGAUGCCUUGUCCCCAGACCAGCCAGCCAGCCAGGAGUCACAAGGCUCAGCUGCGUCCCCCAGUGAGCCAAAAGUCAGUGAAGCGCCUUCUCCUCUGACUGCACACCCUCCAGCCCAGUUUACUUCAGUGCCCCCAGCCGUUCCUGAAUUCUUGAAAACUCCUCCUGCGGAUCUGCCUCCCACAAGGUCUGCGGCACCCAUUCUCCCCACAAGCCUUGUGUCCUCAGCAAAGCCUGGGCCAGCACUGGUAAAGCAAAGCCAUCCCAAGAACCCAAAUGACAAACACCGGAGCAAAAAGUGCAAAGACCCGAAACCGCGGGUCAAGAAGCUGAAGUACCACCAGUACAUUCCACCAGAUCAGAAAGGUGAGAAGAACGAGCCACAGAUGGAUUCCAACUACGCUCGCCUGCUCCAGCAGCAGCAGCUCUUCCUGCAGCUGCAGAUCCUGAGCCAGCAGCAGCAGCACUACAACUACCAGACCAUCCUGCCUGCACCACUCAAGUCAAUCAGUGACAAAAAUAACAAUGGUGGGAACUCAGCUUUGAACAAUCCCACACCCAACACACUGAGACAGAACACACCUGUUCCUGUGAGAAAGCCAGGCCCGCUGCCUUCCAGCUUGGAUGACUUAAAGGUGUCUGAACUGAAGACAGAACUAAAGUUAAGGGGCCUGCCAGUGUCGGGCACCAAACAGGACCUCAUCGAGCGCCUGAAGCCCUACCAGGAAGUCAACAGCAGCGGGGUCACCACAGGCAGUAUCGUGGCAGUGUCUGCUCCUUCCAUUGUCACUAGUAACCCAGACGUCACCACAGCCUUGCCAGCUACAACACUCCCCAACACAGUGACCAGCUCCAGCUCCAUGCUCAAAGCAGACUUGCCACGCCCAGGAAGCAGAGGCACGGCCCAGGCCGAGAACACCCAUUCCCCGCUGCCCAUCUCGCCAUCCCCCUCGGAGCAGUCCAGCCUCAGUACGGAUGACACACACAUGACAGACACCUUCACGGAGAUCAUGACCAUGAUGUCUCCCUCACAGUUCUUGUGCUCGUCCCCCCCGAGAGUCCCCAGUACAGAGGACAGCAUGAGCCCGACCAGCAGCACCAUGUCCUGUCUGGAACUAGAUGCUGCUGAGAAGGACCGCAAGCUUCAGGAGAAGGAGAAGCAGAUUGAAGAGCUGAAGCGGAAACUGGAGCAAGAGCAGAAGCUGGUGGAAGUGCUGAAGAUGCAACUCGAGGUGGAAAAGCGAGGGCAGCAGCAACAGCAGCGGCCGCCGCCCAAAGCCCUGCCCCACACGCCAGCGAACUCUGCCCCGAAGUUAGACCCUCACCUCGGCGGCAGCAUGGGCUCUGCCGUCAAGGACGAGACCUCGCUCCCAGACUGCUCCACCUCCAGGCCACUCGUCCCAGUCACCAGCCAUUCCACGGGCCAGCCCGCUGCCACAGGAGGCCAGACCCUUGUUGCCAAACAGGCCGUGUUUAUCAAGCGAGAGUUGCCUGUGGCCCCAGUGGAGCCACAGGACAUUGUCUCACAGUUUUAUGUGAGCACUCAGGGACAGCCGACACCUGCCAUGGCCGCCCAGCCCCAGACCUUGCUGACCACGCAGACAGCUCAGCUGCUGCUCCCAGUGUCCAUCCAGGGCUCAAGUGUGGCCUCCGUGCGGCUCCCACUGGGCACCCUCCAGCUCCAGACAGCACCACAAGCUGGACUCCAGCCUCAGCCUCAGCCAGCCACUGCUCCACAAUUACCUACCGCUGCCUUGUCAUCAGGCCUGGCCCCACCUGCACUUCAGCAGGAUGCUUUCCCUCAGCAUGUGCUCAGCCAACCUCAGCAAGUCCCGAAGGUUUUCACAAGCUCAGCACCAACUACAGCCCUCCCGUUCCAGAGGCAGCCUGCUCCCUCGGCCCAGCAGCCUUUCAUUACCAAGGCGCCCAGCAGAAACGCUCCACGUCCAGCAGUGCACAAUGGACCCAGCCCUCCCAGCAAGCCCAGCUCACCACCGCCACCUCAGCAGUUUGUUGUCCAGCAUGCCCUGUUUGGCAGCCCCGUCACCAAGACAAGAGACCCCCCUCGUUACGAAGAGGCUGUCCGGCAGACGCGCAGCGCCCAGCCCUCCGCCCCAGAGAUUUCCAGCGCGCACAGUCAGCAGAUGGACGACCUCUUUGACAUCCUCAUCAAGAGCGGAGAGAUUUCUCUCCCUGUCAAAGAAGAACCUUCUCCUAUUUCCAAAAUGAGACCAGUGACAGCCAGCAUCACCACAAUGCCAGUCAGUACCGUGGUGUCCCGGCCACCGCCCCAAGUCCAGAUGGCACCGCCGGUCUCCUUAGAGCCCGUGAGCAGCUUCUCCACCAGUUUAGAGAACCAGCUAGAAGCCUUCUUGGAUGGAACUUUGCCUUCAGCCAAUGAGAUCAGCCCUCUGCCAAGCAGCAUUGAAGACAGAGAGCCCUUCUCCCUGAUCGAGGACCUCCACAGUGAUCUGCUGAUCAACUCCAGCGUGCUGGACCACUCCCACUCACCCAUGGAAACUUCCGAGGUCCAAUUUGCUGCAAAUACUCCCUGCCUGUCACUUGACCUUUCUGACACAAACUUGGACAAUAUGGAAUGGUUGGACGUCACCAUGCCUGCCACGUCAUCAGGACUCACCCCUCUCGGUGCCACUGCUCCAAGUAUGUUUUCUGCUGACUUUCUGGACCCACAGGACCUGCCGCUGCCCUGGGACUAACGUCACGGAUGCUGGAACUCAGAGUUUCCCGUGGUUUAAGAACAUGGGAUGGUUGUCCCAGGUUCAUGUUUAGCCAUACAGCCAUAGUUGCACCUUUGCAGUUAAAAUGUGUUGUCCCCAAAAGAUGGGUAGGAGGUCAUGACCUGGAAACAAGUCUGAAAAUGUGGCAUCAGACUUGGCAGUGAACUUCUAAGAUUCCACAUCAUGGAAGGCCCCUGGAAUACACUCAUCACUGAACAUCCUCUCCUGCUCCCAACUUCAGUCAAGAUGAAAAGGGGAACAUACACAGGAAAAUGCCAUUCGAAUUCUCUGGUAACCAACUCCACUUUACAAAAGACAGGCAGCUCUCCACUGGGACCCCAAGGCUGCCUGUGAGAGAGAGGGAGGUCACGAUCCUUGAAAAUUUCCUAGAGGUGGCCUGAACCGAGCCCCGGACCCAGCAGGGUGAGAGGCCGUAGAGCUUCCGCCAGUUCAGUGAGAAGAUGCAUCCAACUGUAGACUUUGGGUUCCCUUUAGAAACCUGAGUGAGUGAGCGAGUGAGUGAGUGAGUGAGUUGGUGUUGUGACUUUGGGGAAUCUUGACUUAGAUUCCCAAAUUUAAAUCUAAAUGGAAGAUCUUUCACUAUAGGCAGUGGGUGUCUACAAAACACAGUCAUAAGCAGUGUCCACUGCUGUGGAAAGACCGGCCAUAUCACUAACACUGAAAACCCUGUCCACCACCCCCUGUGCUGGUUAGAUUGGGUUUCCUGUGUAUAUUCGACAUUUGUACGUGCAAUUUGACUUUGUGAUUUGUACAGCCUACCUUGGGGUAAGGAAAUGGGUUUUCGUUCAUCCCACUCCUCCGAAUAACUCAAAACAUUUCUGGAGGACUUGAGCCACAUGUCUCUCCUUAUUUAAAGACUUGUUUGCUGACUUUCAGGAAACCAGACCCAUCUCAAAGAACCAAAAAAGGCUUUAGCAGUAUGCCUCUUCCUGGGCUGGGGAACUGUAGCCAGCAGGGGCAAAGUCUGUGGUCCCUGCCAGGCCUGUGCAGUGUGUGUGGGCACAGGUUCUCACAGCAGGACGGCUGCCAGACCCACUCUGGCCUUCCUCCUCCUCCUCCUCCUCUUCCUCCUCUUCAGGCUGACCAUGGAUUACUACUAUCUGACAGGUGUGUGCCUGGGUGUCAAGCCUAUACUCUUACUACAUUAUCAAGCCUAAACUUGUAAAACUGGAGGCUUUAUUCAUAGGUUUUUGUUUGGUUUGGUAUUGUUUUGUUUGUUUUGUUUACCAUUGAAAAAAGAGUUACGACAUAUUUGCUGAGUAGUGGAAGACUUUUCUAAAAUGGCAACUAUUGUAGAAUUUCCAAAUUCAGGCUCAUCACGUAUAUACAUAACAAAAUAGAACUGAAAAAGAAAAAAACAACUCUACCAGUCUGGGAUUGAUUUUGUAUUGCAUAAUGGUGGGUCUUCCGUUUCCACCUGUGUAAACCCUGGGGUCAGGGGGAGCACCCUGGUUAGGUGCCUCUAAUAACCUGCAGGAAGGUGGCCAGGCCCACUAUUGGGUAUGAAUUUUGUAACCAUUUCUAGACCUGUGUCUUGCCUAAGAACAGAGCUUCUGUGUAUUUGGGUGUUUGGGGUAAGCUCAGGCAUUUGCUCCACGGAAGAGCAGUCUGUUCAGCACUGGAGCACUGGAACCCUCUCCUGGCCAACACGUGCUAACCUGGAAGCUCUGAAAGUGGGCCCGUGGGAGGCAGAGGCUGUCCUGGUCAGUGCAGCCUGUAAGGACGAGGCUAAGUCCUGGGAAAGUGGCAGUGUGAUGCAUGAGGUCCAAGCACGACCAGAGUGCUCAGCAUUGGGCUGUACCAGAACCCUGGCCGCAGGUGUCAGGAAGGGCUCCUGCCUCCCAGGGCAGCAAUGUUGGCUGGAAAAGUACUUCCAGAGGGCUGGGGCUAAGGAUUGGGGUCAGGAGUUUUUCAGGCCCAUCUCUCCCUCUGAGCAUCACUUUCAUGCAGAUCUGAAUGGCUCUAAGUUAACACUAGUUAGCACCAGGACUAUUGGGGACAACUGAACAGCUGUGUUAUUAACUCCUAUCGAAUUGCUUUCUAUUCCAUAAGCCCGCAUGUAUACAUAGAUCAUUUUCUAGCCUGUAGGCCUUUUUAUUGCUUUUAAACCCAGGUUUGAAACACAUCACAGGGAGGCAAGGAAUUCUAGCUCAGUCGCUGUUCUCUCUGGGCUCCCAGCUGCUAAAGUGCCCACUUCACGCAUGUGUUCAAACCUGUGUGUGUGUGGUGAACUCUAAAGCCUCCCACUUGUACCAUCUCUCGUGGCCCUCACCGCCUGGCUCAGAUGUCUGUACUCCUCUCUGGGGUGUUGACUGCAUGCUCCAGUUUAGAUGAAUAUGUGGAAAAUAUGCAGCAAAGGGUACCACCAAAGAUGACACUGAUCCACGUCCCUCGAGCGCCCUCUGUGCUUACGAAGUGCAGUGUCCACUAAAGAAAAUGGUUUGUCUGUCUGAGGUUAGCCUCACACCUAGCAAAUAAAUUUCAGGUCAAAGCAGCCGCGGGAGUUUUCAGGUUGCACGUAUGUAGUUCAGGAGUAGCACUGAUGUACAGUUGAUCGCAGAACAUCUUACAUUGCCAAGAAAAAGCUAAGUCCUAAAAAUGCCAUCUCGCACACCCCAGCCCUAGUUCCUUUUCUACCUGAGACACAAUCAUGGCGCCCUCGGUGGUCUGCAUUCUGGAGGUAUCAGAUCACAGAAGUGGGGGUGGUAUGAGGAACAAGUAAGACUACAGUUUCUACAAAGUCUUUGGAAGCGGAGGGAAUGUGGUUACCUUGUACAUUUCAGCAAAGCACCUGCUAGGAAACCCACCUGCCUGAAGUUUGGUGGCUCAUAGUCCUGGGGUUCUUCCUGAAAUGUGUAAGCCAGUGUGUAAGACCUGCCACAGAUGUAUCCUACGUUUGCAGAACUCCUUAGUGGUCAGAUAGUCUAUUUUCAUCAGACCAAAAGGCUGGUGGGAAUUUCCUUCUGAGGACUGCACAGCUCUGUGGCCACGGAACAGGCACUUGCCUGGUUGCUGAGAGCAGUUCGCCAACAUGCCUGGCUAUGAAUGGUGCCGCAGAGCUCCGCGGGGCGUGGACAUGGCAUGGACAUGCCUGCUCGUCCAUGGUCACCUGGCUGACGUGGACUUUGUCUGCCUUCACUCGGGCCCUCCCGGUCCUCUUAGGGCUGACUGCAGGCUGAGCCCACCACUACAGCUGACAUGGCAGCAGGCCCCACAAGUGGUAAGACAGCCCCUGCCCUGUGUCCUCAGAUGGACACUUAGACAGCUUUGUAAAUUUGGGGGAGCCCUCACUUGUGGGAAGCUUCCCAGAAGGGUCAGGCAUCGGGAGGGUGGGGGGUCUUGGGCAGCCCCAGGGACUUUCUAAAGAGAAUUGCUAAUCCAGGUGUGCCUGCCACCAAGGCAACACUAGGCAGUUCAGUCACCUUCACAAAUAUGGUGAAAGAUGAACACCCUACCCCCUGGCAGAGAGGUCCCACAUUGAGCCUCCAAUGAUCAGUGAGGGCCGACUGGAAAGUCAGUGUUAUCAGCAGAGCCUGCCAGUAUAUGUGGAGAGCUUCCUUAGCCUGCAUUUCAGCAAAUCGUUGAGGUGAUUUCAGUCAAAACUGGAAGUGAACAAUAACAUGUAAACAUUUCUUCCUGGCUUAAGCCUUCAAUACGUGUUCAUUGAACCCUCAUUCUGGACUGCACCUCAUAGGCAGGCCCGUGCCCCACUCCCACCCCACCCCGUUUCUCCCAGUGCCUGAGGAAGGGCAUCAUCAAAAAGGCUUGUCGUUCAAAAAGCUGCACAUGUUUACAAAGGAGCUCCAGAUCCAAGCUUUGCUCUGUGAACCAUCAUUGGAAAAAGGUGUCACAAUUUGUGACCACAGGUGGCGAUCUCAGAUCUUCACGGUGCUGUCGAAAGUCAAAUGAAACAUGUUAUUGGAGGGAGAUACCAAGGUAGCUGUAGUGUGGAACAGAGCUUUAUGCCAACCCAAGACUUUGAUACAGUGUAUGGAGUCGCGGAAACUCAUGGAACAAUUACCUGUCCACACUAUGCAGUAAGAACACUUGAUAAUUCAGAGAGGAAGAGGAGGAGGUUGCAUUUAGGUAAGAAAGGAUUUCUUAUCUACCCAAAGUACUUAACUGUCUAGUAACCAACAGUGAUGCAAAACGUGCUUUAAAGGAACCAAAGGCAUUGCCAAGUAUUUGCCAAAAGGAGACACUUUUUAUUUAAAAGUUGAGAUCAAUGGUAUCUCAAAAAAUUAGUCCCAAAAAGGUAUUACCCACUUAAGAUUUAAUUUUCACAAAGAUGUAGAUAUUUCUCUUGUUUUCAUGUAAAAUAGCAUAGAUUUGUUGGUUUUAGGAUAAUACAUACUUAGUAGAAAUACAAAGUUGUGUUAUUUUUCAUUUCUCUGUAGAAAUUUGUUUUGUCCUUUUCUUGCUUGCAACAGCCAUGCUUGACGUAAUUGGGGUUUCUCUUCUUUUCAUGGUCGCAUUAUGUCUUAGCAUCUCACUUUAUGAAAAACAGAGAAAGGUACCAGUCUACCGAGCCCUGCUUGUCGAAGCACUAGCUUAAAAAAGAGAAAGAAAAAUCAGCCCACACAAACCUGGGGCGGUCGGGCCGGCCGUGGAUUGCCUUUAUGUGGUUCUUGAAGGAAAGACCACGAUGCCUUUGUGUUUGCUGUUUGCACCCGAGAUCAAUUCCAUAUCAUGUCUGAAAUGCCAUACAUUUUGCACAUGUACUGUACAUAAGUAAUGCAUAUGUAUUUUUAUAUGUGUACCCAUUUAUCAUCAGACCUUUUGUACAUAAUGGCAGUAUUGUCGCUGAUCAGGAAAUGUUUGAUAUCUCAGCAAUUUUGCAUUUUUGUGUCUCAAAUAAAAUACAUUUUGAUGUA